GCUUGGACUUUCUCUGGGUUCUUUUCUUUCUCUUCGUUCCCCUUUUUCGGAAGCUCUUUCUGCUCCUGACUCUUUACAUUCUGCAUCUCGCUGCAUGUCAAUGCUCCUCUACCUUAUUUUGUUACCCCCCUUCCUCCCGUCGCCUGCCGUCCCCGUUUCCGAGGAUGACACCCGCCAGCUCUGGGAGCCAGCCGCGGUCCUUGCCCCUCUCUGGAAAGCGCGACUCUUUCUUUUUUCAGUUGUUUCGCUCACGGAGUCGUUGCGUUUCUUGUCUGCGAACUCUCUCCAGCGCGCUUUUGCCUCUCCGGUUGUCCCUUCAAGUCAAACAGGUCAUCCACGCCUCCGGCCGACACCUGCCGAGACGCUUCUGCCUCGCUUCUUCCCUUCCAAGGAAACCUGCAUAAUCUCUGCCACCGUCUCCGCGGGGGCUCUUUGCGGGAGUUGCCAUUCUUGUGUGAACUCUCUUCGGAGGAGCGAAGCGGGGCAAGAUAAGUGUGAUUUGGUUCUACUCUGUUGAUAAGUCAAAAGAUCGAAGGUCUCAUCGUAAAAUUGCAUGUAAUUAUACUCCUUGAGGAGGUUUGGGAAUUCGAAGAAGCUCCGCCAUUUAAAAUUCAGGGCCUUGACACAUGCUUCUCCCUCAGGCUUUCAUAUGUUUCUCUCAAUCUAAAAAUGGAAGCAGGCGCCGCCACGCCAGCCGCUAGCGGCUUCGCCUACGCUGCGGCAGACAGUCUCUCGGCGUCAUUGUCUGCUGCAGCUAGCCACCCUUCCUCUUCCGUGUCUCCCGUCUCGUCUUCUCUCUGUUCUAACUCUGCAUCUGCGAACGCCAGUCUUCACCCUGUCUUCCCCUUUUCUCCAGGCUCCUCUACUCCCGCAUCUGUCCCUGCGUCUGCCGCAUCGUCUCUGCCGCCGUCUGCUCGGCACUCCUAUCCCCCGACCUUCUCCUCAUCGAUGUCGAUUUCUUCUUCUCCUCCAGCUGUGCCUUCUGCCUCUCCCUCUGCCGCAUCUGCUUCGGGUGUCUCUGCUUCUCGCGCUGAAGGUCCUCGAGAGGUUCCCGACCACGUGAGUGCGAAGCGGCUUCUAUCUUGCGGUCUCUCGGGUCUGUCUUUCUCUCCCUCCUCGCCUUUCGCGGAGGAAGUGAGGGAGGAGGUGCCAGGCGAAUCUUUGCAGAAUUCCCCCAAAAGGCGGCUUACUGCCGUGUCCGUGAAAGAAAGAAGCAUCGAAGACACCUCUAGAGCCGCUGCAACUCUCACGCGGGAAGGCAGAUGCACGGAGGACGCCGGCCCGGCCAGGGGGAGAAUUCCAGGGUGUAGAGACACCGCAGGCCCCUGGGGUGUACAUGCAUCCGAGGGAGGUGCGGAGGGUGGGCUUCACGUCGACGCGAAGCAGGAAGCGAACGGAAAAGCAGGUUUCCUGGCUCCUUCGGACUCUUCAUUUCUCUCGAGGACCCCCAACGGGCUUCAGGAUGGAGAGCUGUCGACGAUCGCGGCGAGAGAUAAACAUUCAAGAAAAGCGGAGACGAGUGCCAAUGCUGGAGGACAGGGAGGAGACAGUGGCGGCCGCGAAGGCCUGCCAAAUGGAAGUGCGAGUCUGAGUCGCGAGGCUACUGCAGAGACAGAGGAGCGCGCGAAAGAAGUGAAGAAACAAGAACGACUAGGAGGCGGUGCAGACGUGGACCAAAUGGAGGCAGAAAGACAGGAGGAGGAAGAAGCGGGUGACGAAAGGAACGCUGACACAGGGUUCACCCCUCAAGACUUCUACGACUUCUCUGAAGACAUUGCAGCGCUGAUGGGUGCCUUCACAGCACCUCACAUCGACGCCAUCGAGGCUGAAGCUGUUGCAGAGACAGUCCGUCUCUGCCUCGGAUUCCUCGACGACGCUGUGGCUCGAGGAUUGUUUGUGGCGUCGAUGCUCAAUGCAGGGCUGCAGUCGCCGGUGUUGCUUCCUCGUCAGUCUGCCUCCCCUCCAGGCCAACAGGAAGUGUCUCCUGGAGUUUCCGUGUCUGGGCCUUCUUCAGCUGUUGUCUCUUCCCCAGCUGUGGAGGACCGGAGAUCGUGUAAACUUUUGGCGGAGCACUGCAUUCUUGCCUUGUGCAACGCAAGCCAGCGGAAGUAUCAGAGAUGCCGACAAGUCCUGGACGCUCACCGCCAGGUCCAGAGUCUUCUCACGGCAUACGAUGACACUUUGAUGUCUUCUGUGAAUCCUAUAUACCCGCCUGUGCCUGCCUCUUCGACUGCCAGCAGGCUUCAACAGGACGGCGAGGCAGACACCGAGGCUUGUUUCGAUGCGUCUCAGGCAGCGCGUUCCGUUGCUGCAACGAAGGGCGGGAAGGGAGGCGGAGACAGCGGAAAGAAAAAGAAGGAACCUGCAAAGAGGAGUGUUGUCCCAGGGAAGUCCUCCGGGAGCGAAACCUCUCUCCAAGGGAGUAGCAAGGAGGAACCGAGCAGAGUCUGUGCGGGAGGCGACAAAGCAGUCGUGCGAGGAGGGGAAGGUGCUGAAGUUUGGGUGGGGAAACAGAACUAGAGUACAGCGUUUAAGGAACGACUAAUGAUGCAUCGCAGGAUAUGCAAACAGAAACGUCCGGAUUGCUUUAUUUGAAAGAUAGAGAGGCGGUGAGGGUGCACAGGAGCACCACAAGAGUCCACUCUCACUACACACGUGGUCGAGCAAACAGAGGUUUCUGCGGUGUAUUAACACCGGGGGUGGAAGAAGCACCCAAGGGCCGUUUUUGGAAGCGACAGGGGUGAUGCUGUACCUGAAACCUUUCACCCAGAUGUUUUAGGUGUUGCCCUACAGAACUAUAUAUAUAUAUAUAUAUAUAUAUAUAUAUAUUGGAGGUGUCGGAAGCAUAAAUGCCAGCUGAGAUGAGUACUGAGGCGUGUGGAUGGAGGGUGAUGAUACAAGAUGUGAAGAGGCACUCCAAACAUUUGUUAUGACAACGCCCGGGGAGAAAUUGUGUGAGGAAAUGUAUGGGACUGUGCCUGCAUUGGCAUGUGUAGAUGCAGAUUACAUGGGGAGCACGUCCACUGUCAGCCCCGCAUCGUCUCUGGCGUGCGAGUGUUUUAACACAGUGGGGUUUUGUGAACUUGUCUACACCUACGCACGUGUAAACUCUGUCGUAAUUGUUUGUAGUUUUAGAACUUUUGACUGUCUCAAAUUUCGCUGGGAUUUAAGGGUCACAAUCCCUCACCAAGCGUCGGCGCACGUCCUCUGGGUUCCGCGUCAGUCGGUCGUGCUUAGAGGAUGGAAGCACUGGUCUUUGUCGCACCCACCUGGAGCACGUACAAGAAAGGCUUGACAAUGGAGAGAGACGAAUGCCAAAGGACAUACGAAGUGAUGAGCAUCUUUCGUGGAGGGGCAUAUUUGAUGAUUACUUGAAGUUUACUGUAGCACUGCCUCAAGCCUGGGAACAAGUUGUCUCUAGGCGUCGUCGAAGCACCUCACGUAUUACAUCUGGCAUUGAGAACUCGUUCCUUACUGAAUCUUCUUCAAUAACGAGGGACUGCACGACCGGACGCGAGGUGCUGAAAAAAAGAUGUCACGAUAUGAGAUCGGUUGGCACAGAACGGCAAGCAAGAUACAAGGUAACCGAGUUAAAAUAAAACAGGUUGAACUGUGGGUUUGUUUAAGUCCCCAGUGCAGCUCACUAUUGGGUACCCAAGGAACUGUGAAAUCAUUGUCAAGGAUCAUAAAAUGGGCCACCGGCGUCCAAAUAGUUUUCAUUAAGAACCGACCUUCUUGCAUGUAUGGAAGUUUCGCUGCAAUCGAGGACCUGUAGUUGCUGGAGAACAGCAACUGAACAAACAUUUUGAUUGGCCUGCAGGGAGUCCUGACGCACGACACUUCGACUCUUUCUGCUGUCGUGAACGCCGUCAUUUCCCGCAUCCAGGUUCUAACGUGUCAGCGGAACGAUGUUAGAUGUUUCUUUUGUAGAACUAUAGCAAUGUGACAGUCAUGAAGUGAUGCGGCAACCAUCGGAUCUUAGAUACAUGCUGAGCACUAUUGUCGUGGUGUACUUGGCACGGCGGCCAGGAAAAGCAUAAUACAAGUGUAAACAUACUAGAACACGUAUGAAAAAAGGAACGACAUAUUGAGGCAAACGGACAAAGUGGCACAAACAUGACAAAACAAGGGAAGGGAGUGACGAGGCACUAUAUCAUUGCCCCCGACUGAACUGCGGUGCGCGGAGCGCUCCAACCUCACGUUCAGAUACAUGUCCGAGACAGCACGAUCAUGACGCAAAUUAGAAUGCACAUGUUUAUGCGUACAUAUGCAUAUGCCAUGUGUGUGGGAUUCGUUGCAUGCACACACAAACUAUAUGGGAACUGUCCGUAGGUAAAUCUAUCUUCCGCCACUAAACCGAAUACGCAAACCAGCGCUUGCGACCCUACAUGGGCGUUCGCACUAGACAUCGGGGCAACGUCGCAACAUCCAAAGAGAUACAUUUCAUGAAAUUCUUCCGCGUUUAUCAUCUUCUGACGUGUUUGGUCUACCAUAUGACGGUGAUGCUGUUGUGUUUCUGAGGAACCACCGCCUGUUGUGAACCGACAGCGACAGUGCGAGAGGGUCAGUUCUUCAACUGUGAACAUCGGUCGCGGGGUACCCUCCCGCUCGAUUCCCGCACCACAAAGCUCCUCUCGUUCUCGAACAUUGGGUACGGUUGUUGCGACGCAGCAAUCGCCUGCCCUAGAGUGUCGCUGAGUGAGAAAACGUAGUAGGCGAUGCGGGAGGGCAAAUUACAUGAAGUUGAGGUACUCUCACUGUCACUGAAUGGCGCCCACGUCCCGGUCCCCGUAUGAGUCUACCAGAGUUGGCCUCGUUUCCUGAACUCCUACCUCGGCCAGCAAUGCGGCAAUGGAACACAGUCCAGUAAACGCCGCUGCCGCAACCCCCACACAACAGACACUGCUCGUCUGAGCGACAGAACAAGCACGGCAAACCAAACGAAGAGGGACGCAAAGCGUUGCCAACAUCAAGAUGUUCCUUAGCUGUGGUUCCUAAAUCAUCUUCUUGGGCAAGCCUCGACGCUGUCCCCAAAUGGCUCCCCCCCGGGUCGUCAACUGAAGUUGACUUCCUGUUGGGACGGCGACGGAAUAAUGGGCGUAAAACGCCCUUGGAACUGAUUUUGGUGGAAGUGGUUGUGUGAAAAUCCAGUUGUUGGCAUGACGCAGCGCCCGGCGAAUAGAAACGUGGACGACAUAUUCCUCAAGUCUCCCCACACCCUGUAGAUCAAGCCCCUUAGGCCCAGGGGAGUGUAGGUGGGACGGGAUCAUACAAGCUCCCUAAUUGGAUGACCUCACAGAUGCCGCUGGUAGUACCUGGUACCAAGUCACAACGCAUAGACUCGCUUCGCCGUCGCCAGAGUCUCGCUGCGGCAGGCGCCCGAACGUAUGUUUACUAGCUGCGUUGAGACCGUUUUGAUAAUUGGUAAACAGCAGCUCAUAAGCGUCCCAUGAAGGCGACAACUUCGUCGGAGAUUCCAUCCCCUUCCGAAAGCUCUUUCGGCACCUGCCUCGAACUACAUGGCUGCUCCGUUCAACGCGUUGCGGCUGGAUGACGACGUGGCAUAAGACUUGUCCGUAGGAUAACAGUCCUGUAUCCAUG